AACUAUGAAGUAGAUUUGUGGACCAUUGAACUACCAGUUUAUAUCGCCGCUUUCACUUGGGUCAAAUAAAAACACUUAGAACAAAGAAAGAUUAACGUAAUCACAUGAACAAUGUUCACAACAAACUCUUCAUCAUAUUUUCAUAAUCAUCACCAUCAGUUUUUGUUUGUGUUUCUGAUUCUUUGUUGCAUUUUUUCUCUUCCAAAUUCAUCUGUCCUUGCAACAGCACCACCAGUAGGCUAUGGCUACUUUGUUCAAUCUGUCACCGUUGACUCCGCCGUCAAGUCAUCAUUGACCGCCCAUCUUGGUCUCAUCAAGGAGUCUUCUGUUUAUGGAGCUGAUAUUCGGAGUCUCAAUCUUCUUGCCAGUUUUGAGACCAAAGAGCGUUUGAGAGUUAGAAUAACAGAUUCCAAAUCCAAAAGAUGGGAAAUCCCAGAAGAAAUCAUUCCCCGCCAAUCUUAUUUUUCUCACCGGUUACUGCCAGAAAACGCCACAAACUCGCCGGUAAUCAAGCUGGAAAACCUCAUAUUAGCAGAUCCCACUUCAGAUUUAGUCUUCACCCUCAAGAACACCACCCCAUUUGGCUUUGCCGUGUGGCGGCGGUCCUCUGGGGAAAUCCUCUUUGACACCUCCCCCAACCCUGCAAAUCCAGACACUUUCUUGGUGUUUAAGGAUCAAUACAUUCAAUUUUCAUCCGCUUUGCCAAAGGAAAGGGCUUCCCUUUAUGGACUUGGAGAGCACACAAAGAGGUCCUUCAAGUUGACCCCUGAUGAGAUCUUAACUUUGUGGAAUUCGGAUACGGGGUCCGCGAAUCUUGAUGUCAACCUGUAUGGUUCUCACCCUUUUUACAUUGACGUGAGAUCCCCAAAAGGGACAACUCAUGGAGUUUUGCUCUUUAAUAGCAAUGGCAUGGAUAUCAUCUAUACUGGUGAUCGGAUAACUUAUAAGGUUAUUGGAGGUAUCAUUGAUUUGUAUUUCUUUGCUGGACCCUUGCCGGACACUGUCAUACAGCAGUAUACAGAGUUGAUUGGCCGGCCUACCCCCAUGCCAUAUUGGUCCUUCGGAUUUCAUCAGUGUCGAUAUGGUUACAAAAACGUGUCUGAUGUUGAAUCUGUGGUUGCUGGCUAUGCGAAAGCUCGUAUUCCUCUUGAAGUUAUGUGGACAGAUAUCGAUUACAUGGAUGCAUAUAAAGAUUUCACUCUUGAUCCCAUCAACUUCCCAGUGGAGCCAAUGAAAAAAUUUGUUGAUACACUUCACCAAAAUGGUCAAAGAUAUGUGCUCAUCCUGGAUCCUGGUAUCAGUGUGAAUAAGACCUAUAGAACCUUCAUCAGAGGGAUGGAAGCUGACAUCUUUAUAAAACGUGAUGGUGUUCCUUAUCUAGGCAGCGUUUGGCCUGGACCGGUCUACUUUCCUGACUUUGUAAAUCCAGCUGCUGAAACCUUUUGGGAAGGAGAGAUCAAACUAUUUCGAGAUGUUCUCCCAAUGGAUGGUCUUUGGCUUGACAUGAAUGAGAUUUCUAAUUUCAUCACCUCCCCCCCAACCCCAUCUUCUACCCUCGACGAUCCUCCCUACAAGAUAAACAACAAUGGAAGAAGGCGACCAAUUAAUAAUAACACUGUUCCGGCAACAGCACUGCAUUUUGGUAACAUUACAGAAUAUAAUUCUCAUAACCUCUAUGGGCUCCUAGAGGCAAAAGCUACUCGUUCUGCCUUGAUCAAUGUUAUCAGAAAAAGACCAUUUAUACUGUCUAGAUCAACUUUUGUGAGCUCUGGAAAGUACACAGCGCAUUGGACUGGAGAUAACGCUGCCACAUGGAAUGAUUUGGCAUACUCAAUUCCAACCAUGUUGAAUUUUGGACUCUUUGGAAUUCCCAUGGUUGGAGCUGAUAUCUGUGGAUUUUCUAAAGAUACAACUGAAGAACUCUGUCGACGAUGGAUUCAGCUAGGCGCCUUUUACCCAUUUGCGAGAGAUCACUCUGAUAAGUUUACAAGGCGUCAGGAACUCUAUCUUUGGGAUUCAGUUGCUGCAACAGCAAGGAAAGUGCUUGGACUCCGAUAUCGGCUCCUCCCUUACUUCUACACGUUAAUGUAUGAGGCACAUACAAAAGGAACCCCCAUUACAAGACCUCUGUUCUUUUCUUUCCCUCAAGAUACCAAAACUUAUGGAAUCAAUGCACAGUUUCUGAUUGGCAAAGGCAUCAUGGUAUCUCCAGUAUUAAAGCCAGCUGCAAUUUCUGUUGAUGCAUACUUCCCAAAAGGAAAUUGGUUUGAUCUAUUUAACUACUCAAACUCAGUUAGUUCAACUUCAGGAACACAAGUGACACUUACUGCGCCAUCUGAUCACAUAAAUGUGCAUGUUCGAGAAGGUAAUAUUUUGGCUUUGCAAGGAGAGGCCAUGACAACUACAGCAGCCCGCAAAACACCAUUCAAACUCUUAGUGAUUAUCAGCAGGAAGGAAAAUAGCACUGGGGAAGUUUUCUUGGAUGAUGGUGAAGAGGUGGGCAUGGGAAAAGAGGGGGGUAAGUGGACUUUGGUGAGAUUUUAUGGCGAAAUAGUGAAGAACAAUCUCACCAUUGGAUCAGAAGUUCUAAACAGCGAUUUUGCUUUGAGCCAGAAAUGGAUCAUAAACAAAGUGACUGUCAUAGGAGUAAAAAAGGUUCGCAGACUGAAGAAUUAUGAAGUCAAGAUCACCAAAGGAACAAAGUUUAUUGCAAAUGCGGUCGCUAAGGCAAGUAGAAACAAUAAUCCCCAUUUUCUUACUUUAGAAAUCCCAGAUCUUUCACUACCAAUAGGUAAAGAUUUCAAGCUGGAAUUGAAACUAUGACAUCAAAUAAAAUGCAACAACGUAAUGCAGAUUCCAAAUAGAUCUUAGUAAGGAUUGUGAAUCCUUCUGACUAUUGUAACUGAUUUUCAGUGAAGACUUUAUAUGAAUAUUUCAUCUGUACCAAA